AUGCGCUCUCCGCCCGCUGCUGCCGCCUCGCUGCUCCUGGCCGCGCUGCUGCUGGUUGCCCCGCCGCUCGGGGAGUCCGAGAGCCCGAAGGGGAAGCACAAGGCGCUGCGCCAGAGGGAGGUGGUGGACGUGUACAAUGGAAUGUGUUUACAAGGACCUGGUGGUGUUCCUGGACGAGAUGGAAACCCUGGCAUCAAUGGAAUUCCUGGGACACCUGGAAUCCCUGGUCGGGACGGGUUGAAAGGAGAAAAAGGAGAAUGUAUGCGAGAAAGCAUUGAGGAGUCUUGGACACCCAACUUUAAACAGUGUUCAUGGAGUGCACUGAAUUAUGGCAUAGAUCUUGGGAAAAUUGCAGAAUGUACAUUCACAAAGAUGCGCUCUAACAGUGCUCUAAGAGUUCUCUUCAGUGGAUCACUUCGACUCAAAUGCAAAAAUGCAUGCUGCCAGCGGUGGUAUUUUACAUUUAAUGGAGCCGAAUGCUCUGGGCCACUUCCUAUUGAAGCCAUAAUUUAUUUAGACCAAGGAAGCCCAGAGCUGAAUUCAACUAUUAAUAUACAUCGCACUUCUUCAGUGGAAGGACUGUGUGAAGGAAUCAGCGCUGGGUUGGUGGAUGUUGCUAUCUGGGUUGGUACUUGUGCAGAUUACCCAAGAGGUGAUGCUUCUACAGGAUGGAAUUCAGUCUCUCGGAUCAUCAUUGAAGAGCUGCCGAAAUAG